GCAUGUAACUGUAUUAUGAAGCUCCGCAAUUUAUUGAACUAGGAUCUGGUUUUAACGUCAUUAAAAACGGCAACUCCGUACUCAUCAACACCCAGCAAUAACGGACAAGUUGGAAGGGUCUCUUCAUAUAAACCUAUUGAAUUUCAGGAAGUGACUUGCCAGCAUAUCCAGCCUUACAAUGUCUGAAUAAUCCCCAAAUGAGCUUCACUCACAGGGUUCAAGGAUGGCUGAUCAUAAUAAAGCAGAGGAUGAUGAAGGACAGAUGAAAGAUCUGCUCUCUGGACAACUUCCUGCAGAGAUCAAGACCUGGUCUACAGAACAUGUCAGAAAGUGGACUCGGGAGCUGAAAAAUGUAGAUGAAGACUGCGCUAACAUAAUGUACCAACAGAAAAUUAAUGGAGAAAGUCUUCUACUUUUAGACAAAACUGAUUUGAUAGGAGCAGGUAUUCCAUUGGGUCCAGCUAAACUGAUCAUUCAUAAGAGAGACAAACUUGUGAAAAUGAAAGCUGAGAUGUUAAAAGACCCAGGAGGUCAAUCAGGUGGUCCAUGUAAGCCUUACCCUUUCAAUCGAUUCCAUGAAGCUUACAGAUACAGGAUUAAUAGCUGUCUCGACAUACCAGAGUCAGGGCAAUUGAAUUUGAUUGAGCCAUGUCAUGAAUUUAAAGCAUACAUCAACACAGGGAGCACAGAAAAAGAAGCCAAAAUGAAGAAAUUCACUGAUGAAGUCAUACGUUUUGCAGCAGCUUGUAUGAACAGUCGCACUAAUGGCACCAUUCACUUUGGCAUAGGGGACUUGCCAGAUUUUAAGCAUGGUCAGAUUCUAGGGUUUAGUGUUGAAGACAAAGAGUCGUUUGGGAAAGCAUUACGUGAUGUAAUUGAGGGCCGUUUUGAACAUAAACAUGUGGCGACAGCAAAGAGGUGUGUGAAGUCACCUCGAUUUGUUGAAGUGCUUCAAUCUGAUACGACAUCUUCAGAGAAAUAUGUCAUGGAAGUUGACAUAGAACCAACAUUUUCUGUCUGUGAAGAGAACUUCUACCAUGUCUACAGUGUAGACUCACGAAAGUCCAAAAAAAGCAAGAGCAAAGAAGUUAAGGAAGAUGCGAAAGAAUUUAAGUCUUUCUACAUCCGAGACAACAGCAGCAGCAGAGAUCUUUCGAGGCACAACACUCAGUCCAAACCUAUGGAGGAGUACAACGGAUAUGUGAAAAAUAUAUCAAAACUGUCAAUGGACAGAAAGGAAGCUGAGGAAAAAUGCCUUGCUAUUGUUAGAAAUAGCAUCCAGGGUUCUAAGUUAUGUGAAAUGAUAACUGGUGGGUCACAUUGUUUGGAUAAAUCCCAUUUUGAAAGAUACAUACUAGUAACUAACAAAUCACACCAAGUCCAACUUGAUUCCUUGAGUUUUCUUCUAGACAUGAACCUGACAGCAGUCUUAGACUUUGAUCCAGAGUCUUCAGAAAAAGGUUUAAAGAAGUUUUUUGAAGAUCGAAACACAAAUGUCCAUGCUCCCGCAGAAUACAAAAUAACUGGAUCAGUGGAGGACAUUGCAAGCAAAUUGAAAUUGACCAGGAUCAAUAGCUGGAUAUUUUGCAAUGGUGACAUCAAUGGCGAGGAACCUUCGGACAUUAAUUCCUGGUCAACUGAAAAGGGAGCCGCUGUUCGAAACGUAAUUUCCUUCUUGUGCCGAGGUGAAGUCCUACCUCCCAAAAGAUUCUUGGUCAUAUUUCUGCUGUUGUCCGAUGUCAUUGAUAGUAAGGACCCUUUGCUUGAAACCUUCAAUACAUUCCAACAAGAGCUCAGAGGACUUGACCAAAUCCUGUGCAUCUGUGAAAAUGAUCGGUCCUUCAUCUCAUGGAAGGAACUGAUUGAAGCUCGCUAUGGAGUCAGCAUUUCAAACCGCUGCAUUUCUGAGCUCAGCUUUGCAGAGAUCAAUGGCACUGUUCUCAGUCUGUGGUCUGACAAUCGUCGCUCAAGCAGAUUUUUACCUUGUGGUGGAGUCAGCAAGGUUCAACUGACAAAGAAAAUGGAGGGCUGUUUGGACACCCUGGAUAUUCUUUGUGUCAACCAAUGUGAAGGGGGUAAUGAAGAUCAGCGGUCAAUACAGGAACACUUUUACAAAGGAGGAAAGGUGUCAUGGUUGUGGUGGAACCACACUGGCAACACAUGUUCUGUGGACACAGAGGAAGAAAUUCAGGUGUGCUGUUCUGAAGGACAGAGCAGCAGAUCCUGA